AUGGCCUCCGACGACGAGCGUCCUAGCGACUCACCCCGGAAUAAGCGCCGCAAAACAAGUGGUGACUCUUCCCCCUCCUACGAGGCCCAACGCGACGGCGAAAACGACGGUGCCAAUCGGUCGCCUAGAGACUCUGCGACUCGAGAGCUAUCGAUACGAGAGAAUCGCCGAAAUAGCAGGACUGUUAGUCCAAGUCCUGCUGAAGAUGGUGCUGGUAGCAAGUACUACGAAAGUCGUCGCACUUCACGGUCGGGAUCGCGGUUGAGGUCACGGUCCAUAUCAACUACACGCUCCGAUUCUCGUUUGCGCUCUCGCUCGCGAUCUAGAAUAUCAUCACGAUCGCCCCGCUCCUCACGCUCACGCUCUCGAUCACAAUCAUCAUUCCGUCGCUCUCGGACAGAAUCCCCCACCCCAAAUGGGGUCCAGUCAACUCCCUUUCAAGAACCCUUAAAGCCCAACUAUCGCGCCCGUCUGGUCCUCCACGGCCACUCCAAGCCAAUCUCACAAGUUCGGAUAUCGCCCAAUGGGCAAUUCAUCGCAUCCGCUUCGGCAGAUGCUACUGUCAAGAUCUGGAAUGCCACAACUGGUGAGCAUAUGGACACGCUCGUCGGGCACAUGGCUGGUGUGAGCUGUCUUGCUUGGACGCCCGAUAGCAACACUAUCGCAAGUGGCUCAGAUGACAAGGCGAUUCGACUGUGGGAUCGCGUUACAGGUCGGCCAAAGACGACGACCCGGAAGACGGUAGCUGGUCAGGAAAUGGCACCUCUAAAGGGACAUCACAACUACAUCCACUGCCUAGCAUUCUCACCAAAGGGCAAUAUCCUUGCAAGCGGCUCUUACGACGAGGCUGUCUUUUUGUGGGAUGUACGUGCGGGCAGACUCAUGCGAAGUUUACCUGCGCAUAGUGAUCCUGUUAGUGGAAUUGACUUUUGUCGAGACGGUACGCUGGUCGUGAGUUGCUCGACGGACGGUUUGAUUCGUAUCUGGGACACAUCAACUGGCCAAUGCUUACGCACCCUAGUUCACGAAGACAACCCAGCCGUUGCGAAUGUUUGCUUCGCCCCUAACGGGCGUUUUGUCUUGGCUUUCAACCUUGACAACUGCAUCCGGCUGUGGGACUAUGUUUCUGGUACUGUCAAAAAGACGUAUCAAGGACACAUCAAUGGAAAGUUUGCGGUCGGAGGCUGCUUCGGAGUUCUAGAUGGGGCCCCAUUCAUUGCCUCGGCCAGUGAGGAUGGCAGCAUUGUCAUGUGGGACGUCGUAUCAAAGACAGUGUUGCAGCGAGUUGAAGGCCACAAGGGCGUGUGCUUUUGGGUGGACGUUCAUGGGGAGACGAUGGUGACCGGAGGACAGGAUAACACAGUUAAGGUGUAUCGGCAUAUCAGGGAUACCCCGAAAGUAAACGGCGACGCUGGCAAGGCGGAUGAGGAACCGCCAGCAGAAGCACCAGUAUCACAAGAGGAUGUGGUCAUGGAAGAGUCCUAG